AUGCCAAGAAAAAAACUUAAUCAUCAGGAGCAGGAUUCCUUACUGUCAGAGAGUCACAAGGAAUGGACAUCACUAUUGAAGGAAGGUGUUUUUAUAAUGGUGUUAUGCUCGGCUCAACUCAUGACUCAGGCAGGUCUAGCACAGUCUAUCGUUCCCCUUCAAAUCAUAGGUGAUAGUUUCGGAAUUAAGAAGCCUGGACAGCUAAGCUGGUUUGCUUCAUCAUUUUCAUUGACAGUGGGGACUUUUAUUUUGAUUGCCGGACGACUAGGUGACACUUUUGGCCAUAAAAAGUUCUUUGUAAUGGGAUUUUUGUGGUUUGGGCUUUGGUCUAUACUAGCCGGGUUUAGCGUUUACGCAGAUCACAUUUUUUUUGAUUGCUGUCGUGCGUUUCAAGGAAUUGGUCCUGCAUUUACUCUUCCUAAUGCCAUUGCAGUAAUUGGCCGUACUUAUAGACCAGGAAGAAAACAGAGCGUUGUCUUUAGUUUGUUUGGGGCAUGUGCGCCCAGUGGUUUUGUUUUGGGGGCAGUGUUUUCUUCACUUUUAAGUGAGUUUGCAUGGUGGCCUUGGACUUACUGGAUAAUGGGUAUUACAUGCUUUUUACUCGGAAUUUCUGGCUAUCUAAUUAUUCCACACCAUGCGCCGAUACAUGCAAAUGAAAAAAGUAGUCUCAUGGAGCGUAUUGAUCUGGCAGGUUCAGUGACCGGCGUCCUGGGACUUGUUCUUUUUAAUUUCGCAUGGAAUCAAGGUCCUGUAGUAGGGUGGAAAACUUCUUAUACAUAUGCUCUAUUGAUUGUUGGGUCGGCCUUUCUCGUCGUCUUUGGUUUCAUCGAAUCACGUGCGAAGUAUCCAUUACUCCCCGUGCAUAAGCUUUCGACAGAUACCAUCUUCGUCAUGGCAUGUAUCGCUGCAGGAUGGGCCAGUUUUGGUAUUUGGGUGUACUAUACGUGGUUGCUAAUGACAAAUCUCAGGCAUCAGAAUCCUCUGUUGUCUAGUGCUCAAUUCGUCCCUGUAGCACUAAGCGGACUUUGUGCGGCAAUGUCAACAGGAUAUAUUUUAGCACGUACAUCACCGAGUACAGUAAUGAUCGCUGCCAUGAUAGCAUUCGUCGUAGGAAGUGUCUUAGUAGCUACGGUUCCUGUAUCUCAAAUUUAUUGGGCUCAAACCUUCGUGUCUUUUGUCGUUAUGCCUUGGGGAAUGGAUAUGUCAUUUCCUGCCGCAACAAUAAUUCUUAGUAACGCAAUGCCUGCAAGUCACCAAGGUCUAGCAGCUUCCUUAGUUAACACAGCAAUUAAUUAUUCGAUUUCCAUUGGCCUUGGAGUUGCAGGCACAAUCGAAUCUCAAAUCAGUCAUGGGGAGCCUGACCUUUUGAAAGGAUAUCGAGGUGCCUAUUAUAUGGGUAUUGGGUUUGCAAGCCUUGGGGCCGGGGUUUCAGUAUUAUACGCAAUAUUCAAUUAUGCUAACUCAAAAGAGCUCUCCUUAAAAGUUAUGUGCAGAAGGCCCUUCCCUUUUUUACGACAGAAAGUUAGUGGUUAG